CAGCAGGCGUGGGGCAAGGCAGGUCGGGCCGCGGCCGCUCACGUGCCUCGGAGUCCGCUUCCUAUUUGCUAGUUCCGCUACCCGUCUCCAUCCUGGAUGAACGCGGCAUCAUCUGCUGCUGGAGGAGACCACCAGUUGGCAUCCGGAGAAAUGUACUUUCCUAGUUAAAUUGGCGCGGGGGUGAUUGUUUCUACUUCCGAACGGCCUCGGUUCCUCCCUCCCCCCACCCCCACACCUCUUCCAUUCGAUGAAGGAUUGUCCCUCCUCGUCUCGUCAGCUUCCUGGAGUUGCCUGGAGCAUUGAACCUGGAGUGUCAUACCAUUAAAGCUAAACGUGGCCUGAUCGUAUCGUUGUCUGCGUUCAGGAAGUUGAAAACCAGACGGGCUGGGGGAUUGGGGAGUGUUCAAGCAGCUGGGUGAAGCGAGAGCGAGAGGGAGGGAGGGAGGAUUAGUACCUCAUCCUGGUGAGAGACUGUUUGGGAGUGCGGGGAUUAGUUUUCCUGUCGUAGAGGAUUGUUGAGACCAGAAGCUUAGAAGGCAGUUUAGCGUGAUUAUCAUCAUAGCUCGCCCGGGCGUCUUCUUGGAGACUUUGGACUGGCAAUAUUGUGAGAGAAGGGUUUUAUUGCUAGUGCUAGUUGAAGGUUCAGACUCUUGUGUGGGGAGAUGGCUGAGGAGAGUGUGAAUGUCUUGGACACCAUCACUAGGUACCGAAUGUUUUCAUGAUUCGCCGUUUCAUCUAACUUAGUUAAAUUCCAUUACAUGUGUUCUAGGCUCAGCUUUGGUACCUGAGGCGAGUGGGAAGUGAUUUCAAUUUGUAUCACCUCGGAGAGAGUGCGGGAGUGAACUGUUAGAGCGAGCCGAAAAUGAGGAAGAUUCCCUAGUCUUCGUGCUUUUUACUCUGAUUUUUUAAAGGGCUCAGAUUUUUACGUCUAGGUGCAGAAGAAAACUAUUGCGGUUGAAAGCUGCAAUCCGUGUGGAAGGUACAAUACAUCUGCAGGCUGCGUGUUACAGACCACCUUGCGUCGAUAUUCCUCUCUGUAACUGCAUUGGAGUACACCCAGUUUCUGAACUAUUCUAUCAUCACUUCUGUGCUACUAUUGCACGGCCCGGUGCGACCUCCUCCGGAUUACUGAUUCUGGCCAAGCUCUUCGCUGAAAUGCCCGUUUGCACAAGCCAGCCUCACUCCGAAUUGUUGGACCAAUUUGGCAAAGGGCUCAAUUUGUUCGCAAGUACAUGCUGGUGUAACCCUGGUUCUCACCGCUUUGCAUCGUAUGAUGCAGGCGUAGUGCACUGCGGCAUCUUGGGCACAUUACUAGUGAAGGUGGAGGCAAGUCGACGUUAGGGGAUCAUCGAUGCAAGUCCAAACCGAAGAGAAGUAUACAACCGGUGAAAUGAUGCAGGCAGUAGACAAUCAUUGCCAUUCCAGUCCCAUGCUCCAAGCCCCUACAUCUUGGGCCGAGUCAUCUACACCUUCAACAAUGGACUUCUCUUAUGAUAGUCUGUACCAUAGUUACACCCCAAGUGGAUACAACGCAUUUCCGUCGGUAUUGAGUCAGACGCUUUGUGAACUCGACAUAGACAACAGUAUUCACAAGCUCUUUGAAGGCCUCCCUGAGAUUGUCGAACCGGACAUAGUAGGCCGAGAUGGGAGUGUCUGUAAAGGUCCCGCGGUCUCAGUGUCGACGGUCUUUCAGAAUGCUUUUCCGGCUCAUGGGAGCAGACCUAGCUCAUCACCUUGCGCGUUUGGAUCUCAAACCGAAGUCAUUCCUGUGCAGGACAUUCGAACUCCUGUGACUCAUGCGACCGGGGAUUCGGCGAAAGCGCUUAUGUCUCCGAUGCCCAAGCCCCAAGAAAUGACUCCCCCUGUCACAGUAGCCGCUGAUCGCAAGGGAAGGCCGAGGACCUUCAAAAGUAAAGCUGCUCCACGACAGGACAGGAUUGUUGAGAAUGAAACGCGGACCAAUCAACCUUCACUGAAGAAGGACCUGGAGACGAUACCGACCAGAAUCCAAGCAGUACCCCAUAUUCAAGUGCAAGCUCUUCAGCAUCCAUCUACUUCUCACUGCCUGCUGCCGGCCACUGCUGCUGUUGGAGAUCCAAGUAUUGUCGACGUAAGUCAGCAUGGACCAUUUCAUUCUGGGGUAGGUUUAGGUCCUCAAAUGUGCCCACGGCCACCUAAGAGAAGCAGGAAAGACACAGCUCAUACUGCAAACAUACGGACGCAAAAGACACGAUACUUCGACAAAGUGGAGCACAUCGUUCGGGAGCGCUGGCGGAGGGACGACAUGGCCGGGAAGUUUCUGGCCUUGGAGUCACUGCUGCCUCCCAGCACGAAACGUGACAGAUCCACGAUUGUCGAAGACAGCAUAAAGCUGGUGAAGAGUCUGCAACAUAGAAAGGACGAGAUCUUGAAACGGCGCCAUGAGCUUCGAUCGGCCGUGGCUUCAGGUGGCCUGCCCAAUACCCCCGGCGUCAAGCUCAAUAAGAUCAUUCAGAAAAUCGGAUCGCUAGCAGUUAUUCCAGUAUACAACUUGCAAGCACUCGAAUCUGGAUCUCCGUCGUCCUCUUCCAUGGCCUUGUCUAGCGGUCUUAACACGGCCGGGGUGAUUAGACCCCUCGAAGUACAGCCCAGCGGCCAAAAUGCAGUGCUUCAGAUCCCUAUACCCCUGAGCGACUGCGUGAAAAGGUUCUUUGUUCAAUCGGAACUAGCCUCAGAUAACGUUGUCCUUGAGAUGAUAUGUGAGCAGAUUCCCAACUUCCAAAGCCUUCUACUGAAGUCCAUGGAAUCCCUCGGUCUGGAAGUAGUUCGCUGCAGUAUCAUCAGGACUCUCAAAAGAUUCGUUUGUAACAUCACUGUUAAGCCAUUUCAUUGCUCAGCAGCUGGCAAAUUGUCCUCGACGGAUAUCAUGGAAGGUCUGUACUCUGCUUUCGGAACUCCGUAGUUCAACUAGUUACUAGCGUACAGUUGCCCCUCGCACUGAACCAGCUUUGUCUGAGCAAACAUUAGUAUCCAGUUUUUUUAUUAUGUUAUUGCAUUUUCAGGCACGUCAAGAAGGGCUUGAGUUGGAGUCUUAUGUAACCGUAAUUGAAAAAUCAUCCUUUUGCAGUCAUGUUUGUAUCUGCAAUCCGCCAUUUGAUCAAACAGUAGAAACAACAGUAGACUACAUUGAACUAGAACACAGCACACCUUAAUUUAUUGCAACUUGGAACGACAGUGGUCCAUAGAACUAUGGUUUUAGGCGAAGCAUAUGUCUUCUGUCUCACUGGCAUCCAUCAUUGCAAUGAGUCUAGGUAGCUUAUUCUUUCGUGUUGGAAAGAGAAAUUAUAUCCUUUUCUGUGGUGCCCUUCCAA